CUUUUCCGCAAUAUUUCCAUUGUAUGCCACUUUUGACAAGUUGAAUUUUAGUUUGACAUUCGCAUUGGUUUUCUGGUCAGUCUCAAGAUGGCGAUAAAAUCGAAAUCUUCUGUGUGUUUUUCGCAAAAUUGAAAUUUGUUAUUUAUACAUAAAAAGACGUACAAAAAUUAAUUAAAAUACAUUCAAAUAGUGAUUAAGCAAAUUGCAAAGCGUUUUGAAUACGGGAGGUGUGUGAAGAGACACUUAGAAAGGCGCUUUAUAGCGGCCAAAAUACUCCGUCGCAGCAGAGUUGAUUGCCCAAGUUGGCAAACGCCAAGCAGACGAAGUAACAACAGUGGUAGUAAGGGCGAAUAGUAACGGAAGAAAAUUUUUAGAUUAAAACUGUUGCGAAAGUAUCUGUAGUUUAAUUUGAACUAAAACAGAUUUCUCUAGUUGCUGGCAAGUGGGCAACUUUGUGGUCAAAUCAAAGUGGCUGGUGAUAUUGGUGCCAACAUUUAUUCAUCCUGAUGAAGUGGUAGUUUCGUCUACUCCAUAGAAGUCAGCAUGAUGAACAACUACAGUAACAUGAUGAUAGGCGAUCAAUUUCGCAAAAUGGAUAGUACAACAUAUUCCCCAAAAUCAUCACCACAUGGUGGACGGUCACCAGUAGUGUCAAGACAAGAUUCAUCGGGUACACUAAAGACUACAAUAUCACUUGGCAAAACUCCUACAAUAAUACAGACAGGACCCUUCUACUCAAUGAAGGAACCACCAGGCAAAGGCGAAUUGACGGGUGAUAAGGACUUAAUGACCGAAUAUGGUCUACACCACACACUGACCAAGUUUAAAGAUAAAAAAGUGAAGGAGUCACUAGCUUCUUUUCUUCCCAAUUUGCCCGGCAUUUACGACACAUCAAGCAAUCUGGAAAACAGCACACUGCGCAGCGUUAUUGAAAAACCGCCGAUUGUUGGCAAGGAGUUGGUGCCAUUAACUGCCGUACAAUUAGCUGGCUUCCGUCUGCAUCCUGGACCUCUACCUGAACAGUAUCGUGCGCUGAAUACGACACCUGCACGAAAACACAAAAACAAGCAUAAAAAACACAAACACAAAGAUGGUGCUGUGCCGCAAGAAACAUCGCUCAUGGAUUCCUCUGGACUCGAAACCUACGAGCGCAAACAUAAAAAGCAAAAGCGACAUGAGGACGAUAAAGAGCGCAAGAAGCGGAAAAAAGAAAAGAAACGUAAAAAGAAAAGUCACAGUCCAGAGCCCACAGCAGCUGGAUCGGCGGCGGGUGGCAGUAGUACUGGUGGUGCAAUUGUUGGUGUGAGUGGAGGGGGUGUGGGUACCGUUUCAUUGGGCGGUUUACCAGCAAUGGGAGGCAGCAGUGGUAGUGCGGGUACAGUGGGUAGUGGUGUAAAUGUAUUGCCCGGCGCUGUUGCAACGAUGCAACAACCAGCGCAGCAACAACAAAUGGCACCAACGCCAAUGCUAAGUGACAUGGGCACGAUAUCACAGCAAUUAAUGCUGUAGGUUAGGAACAAUUUUGUAGCGGCAGUAAGAAAGUGAAAAAGCGAAUCAAAAGGAAUGCUAAGUACAUGAGCAGCGCUGAAACUUAAGUUAGCAAGAUAAAACACAAAAACACAUUUUGUAUCCUCACACUUAGCAAACUAAAACAUAAACAAAAAAAAAACUCGGCAAAUUUUUAUUUUGCAAAUUGCAAUUUUCUUAUUUAGAUUUAAUAUUUGUAACUUAACGUUUAGUUUAAUUUUAAAUGAAUGUUAUUUUCAAUACAUCCUUUGCAAAUUAAAUAACUUAUUAUAAUCAAGAAAAAAACAAAAACAAAUAGUAAACAAUUUUGUCUAUUUUAAAUGUCAUUAGGUACUGCAGAUGCUUAGUGAGUAGAGUUAAUUGUAUGGAUGUGCAAUUUAAGGCGACACGGAUUUGAAAUUAUAAUUGCAAUGAAAAGCUCAAAUUCCCUACAUUUAGAUUUGUACACGCAGAAAGCGCUUUACAUACGUCUAACAAUACUUAAGGUUCUUGUGUAAAUCCAAUUGAAAGGUGUAUAAAUUUGUUUUAUUCAGUUUAAGCAAUUUUUAGAGUUGCCAUCAACUCUAGUUAGAUAUAGCGAGAUUUGGACCACAACGAAGAUAUAUUUAAAAAUGAUUGUUAAAGUGACAAAAGUAUGCGCAGCAUGGGAAGAAUAUAAAUUUUACCCAAUCUUUGUAUUGGUUUCAAUUUUCUCAAGCGAAAUUGCGCAUCCGUGGAAUAGAUGAAUUGCUGCAGCCGACUGUUUUAUUUUUAUUUUUAUUUUGUAAAAUCGUUUGAGUCUUAAGUUCGAAAACAAAAUUGCCUAAGCAAUAAAUACCAUUGUGUCAAGAACGCUGCACAGCAGUAGUAGUGGGUCAAAGUUUGACAGUCGAAAUUCAAAAGAUAUUUACAUAUAUACAUAUGUAUAUGUAUAUAAAUAUUUACAAAUCAUCUUAAUAAAAAAUUACCAUUAGUUUAUUUUAGUUUAGUUUAAAGA